UGCAUUCAGGGACAGCAGAUACCAGAGAGAGGUCAGAGAAACACAGAUUGCGCAAGAUGUCGGUCGUAUGUCUAUCGUCUUUGGGUCGCUGUAGUACGGUGGCAUUCCGUUCUACCACUGGAAUGGUGGCAGUUCGGUACGCCCAGACAGCGGCGGCCACAGCACCCCAGCCCAGAGUCAAGAAGUUCCAGGUGUACCGCUGGGACCCAGACACGGUGGGGGAUAAGCCCCGCAUGCAGACCUUUGAGAUUGAUCUCAACACCUGUGGCCCCAUGGUAUUGGACGCCCUCAUCAAGAUAAAGAAUGAGAUGGACGGCACUCUGACCUUCCGUCGCUCCUGCAGAGAGGGUAUCUGUGGAUCCUGUGCAAUGAACAUCAAUGGAGGCAACACACUGGCCUGUCUGAACAAGAUUGACACCAACACCAGCAAGGCUACCAAGAUCUACCCUCUGCCACACAUGUAUGUGGUCAAAGAUCUGGUCCCUGACAUGAGUAAUUUCUAUGCUCAAUACAAGUCAAUCGAGCCCUACCUGAAGAAGAAGGAUGAGACAAAUGAGGGAAAGGAACAGUACCAUCAGACUGUGGAGGACAGACAAAAACUGGACGGGCUGUAUGAAUGUAUUCUGUGCGCGUGCUGCAGCACCAGCUGCCCCAGCUACUGGUGGAAUGGAGACAAGUACCUGGGACCUGCUGUCCUCAUGCAGGCCUACCGUUGGAUGAUCGACUCGAGAGACGAGUUCACAGAGGAGCGUCUCUCCAAGCUGCAGGAUCCUUUCUCUCUCUACCGCUGUCACACCAUCAUGAACUGCACUAAGACCUGCCCCAAGGGCCUGAACCCAGGGAAGGCAAUUGCAGAGAUUAAGAAGAUGAUGGCCACUUACAAGGAGAAGAAAUCAGCUGUUGCUUGAACUCUGGGGUCAUGACCCUUGACCCCACCCCCACCCCCCC